AUGGAUCUUGUCUGCCAUCUGCAGCUAGCCCGCCUGAAGACGCGGGGCGAUAAUCUCAUCACACAACUACGCGGCUCCGAGAACCAGGCGAUCCUCCUUCAACAUACGCCCUCGACCGAGCCUGGUGCAGCAAUAUGCCAGGCCGAAGACGACUGCAUCUGCAGCGCCGGGACCUGGGCUACCCCCGCUGACGAGAGCCGGAGGGAGAUCAAGGACAAGUACCGCAUCUGCGUCGCCGGGGACGAUGACUGGUGGCUGUACGGCAACAGCUACUACCACAUCGUCUGCUUCAACGCCAUGGUGGACACCGAGACGCUCUUCAGCGAGGACGUGUGCUUCUCGCUGUACUACCGUGACCAGAGCGCCUGGAAGUGGCCAGCGUUCUGUCCCUGGGGUCUCAUGGUCCGCGCGUGGUUCGGCUCCAGGGGCUGGGUGAACCUGGACGCCAUCGACGAGUAUAUCGGCGACGUGGAGGAGCACCGCCGCCGCAAGAGGGAGGCCAGCCUGCGCUGGUCUCAAUGGCAGUGCGCCCCGGCGCCCAACGUACUCGAGGGCCGACCUCCCCCGGCCGUGUUUGACGAGAGCGGGCCUAAUCUGUGCCACUACGAGCUUCAUAGCGACUUGCGCGUGUCCCUCUACGAGCUUAUCCAUCAUAUUCGGUGCAGCUGGGUCGACGUUGAAGUCUAG